GCAGGCAGAAGCGCUGACCGCGGUGCGCAUGCGCGGAGAGGGGGGACACGGUUGUGCCUUAGUGGCACUUUUUGGGAAGAGGAGGUCAGAGGAGGCUGCGAUGGAGAGACCACAGAGUGCAGCCGCCCUGAAAUCAGAAGCGUCCCAGGUCAGGCGGCGAAAAAAUCCCAAUGCAGGCGCGCCAGAGAGAGCGGCGUCGCGGCCGCGCCAGGAACGGGGCAGCUUCAUGAAGCGGGUGUUUGGAUUUGAAGGCUCAGAUCUGUCCAGCUGGCAGCGAUUUGUCAGCCUGAUGAACCGACCGACAGACCCGGCUGGUCUCUGCGUUUUCCGCUUCCUCUUUGGACUUCUUAUGGUUCUGGACAUCCCCCAGGAGCGCGGACUCAGUUACCUGGACCACAAGUAUCUGGAUGGGCUGGACGUCUGCCGAUUCCCUCUUUUCAACAACCUCCGACCUUUGCCCCUGGACUGGAUGUACCUGGUCUACGUCAUCAUGCUACUAGGGGCCCUGGGCAUAACCCUCGGAUGCUUCUACCGCCUUAGCUGCCUGCUAUUUGUAGUGCCGUACUGGUAUGUCUUCUUCCUAGACAAGACCGCUUGGAACAACCAUUCUUAUCUCUACGGCUUGAUCGGAUUCCAGCUGACCCUGAUGAAUGCCAAUCGCUACUGGUCUAUUGAUGGCUUAUUCAGUCCUCGCAAACGCAAUGCACACGUCCCGCUGUGGAAUUACACUGUGCUCAGGACCCAGAUCUUCAUUGUGUACUUUAUCGCUGGAAUCAAGAAGCUGGAUGCAGACUGGGUGGAAGGGUACUCCAUGGGCACGCUGUCACGUCAUUGGCUCUUUGACCCAUUCAAGUUGCUCCUGUCUGAGGAGAUGACAAGCCUGGUGGUGGUCCAUUGGGGAGGUCUGAUCUUAGACCUGACGGCAGGAUACCUCCUCUUCUUCGAUGUCACACGUCCGAUAAGCAUGUUUUUCGUCAGCUAUUUCCACUGUAUGAAUUCCCAGCUGUUCAGUAUCGGGAUGUUCUCUUACACCAUGCUGGCCACCAGCCCUCUCUUCUGUUACCCUGACUGGCCACGACGACUUGUGUCCAAACUGCCCCGCUGCCUGCAUUGCAUCCUACCCCGCACUCAACCGCCGCAGAAGAGUACAGAGUGUGUCUACCCCAGUCAGAAGGGGAAAGGAACCGUGCGGUAUGGGCUGCGGCAGAAACUAGGAGCCAUCUUUACCGUCAUCUAUAUACUAGAGCAGCUGUUCCUGCCAUAUUCACAUUUCAUUACACAGGGCUACAAUAACUGGACGAACGGCCUGUAUGGUUACUCCUGGGAUAUGAUGGUACAUUCCCGCUCUCACCAGCAUGUGAAAGUUACCUAUAAAGACGGUGUCACAGGAGAGCUUGGAUAUCUUAAUCCUGGGGUGUUCACACAGACGCGGCGCUGGAAGGAUCACGGGGAUAUGCUGAAGCAGUACGCCACCUGCCUGCAUGGCCUUCUGGGGGCAUAUAACAUCUCUGAGCCCGAGAUAUACUUUGAUGUGUGGGUGUCUAUCAAUGAUCGCUUCCAGCAGAGGCUCUACGAUCCCACGGUGGACAUAGUGAAGGCCGACUGGUCACCAUUCCGUAAAACACCCUGGGUACAACCAUUACUAAUUGACCUGUCACCAUGGAGAUCCAAAUUCCAGGAGAUCGAGAGCUCUCUGGACAAUCAGACGGAUGUGGUCUUCAUAGCAGACUUCCCUGGUCUUUACUUGGAGAAUUUCCUGCAUGAAGACCUAAGCAACACCAGCAUACAAGUACUGCAGGGGGAGGUCAAUGUGGAGCUUGUGAAGGAGGCAAAGAAUUUCACCCUGAAGGAAGGAGACCAAAUGCAGCUGCCAGGUGGGGAGUACCACAAAGUGUUCACAGUGUCCCCGGGCCCCUCAUGUUACAUGUAUCUGUAUGUGAACACUACAGCUGUGACCCUGGAAAAGAACCUCACCCGCCUGCAGGAGCUAAAAGAGAGAGUGGAGAAUGGCAGCGAGAGCGCACCCCUGCCGCCAGAACUGCAGCCGCUUGUAUCAGGGACGGUAGAUGACAUCAAUAUGACGGACCCUCUGGUGAUCACCUACCUGCGUAGACAGAGGAGAAUCGAGGAAGCAGAACGUAGACGCAAUGCAACCGUCGUAGAGAGAUUUGAGAGGUUUUUCAAUAAGAAGUAUUAUAUUCUUCGUCGCAGCUUCCUGAUGACGGCCAUCUCUAUGCGAAAUCUCAUGGUGGGCCGGCCACCACUGGACCAGUUGGCGGACGAAGUCGCCUUUGCCAGUAUCAGAUAUGAGGAUUCCAGGCAGCGGGAAGACAAGACACAAGAAGCUCCCACGAGGGAACCUGAACAUACAGAUUUGUAGUUGUGCCGGGCCUGGGACCAGACUGUGAUAUUUUUAUUUUGUAUUUUUGUACACUUUUUACUGAAGAACAUUUUAUAAUUCAAACCAAGUGCAAGAAUGUGAGAUGUGCUGGAGACC